AUAACUAUCGGCAUUUGCCCCGCGACUCCGUGACUCUUCCUCCUUCAUCCGCCCAACCUCCGUGGGGUCCAGACUGGGCCCCUCCCAACAACGCCAUCUGCCCCUUACAGAAUGAACGGCAAUCUCGACUGUUGAGGUGCGACGUUUCCUGCUUGCGCCCGUGAAAUCGAUUCGAUUCGAGCUCGUGAAGAAGACAGCCGCCAACCUCCUGACGUUCGGGAAGCUUGGGAGGUAGGUGCCUGUUGACCCACCACCUUUAUUGGUCGGUUCCAGUCAUCUCGGCGAAGGAUCGCAGUUGAUGGCUUUUUACCACCAGCAUUUGUCCAACGCCCAAAGCCUGCCCGUGCGGGUCACGGUACUUGCCAGCAACGUUGAAUCGUCGCCGCCCUGCUCGACGAUCCUCCCAACAUGAGCUCGACAUCAUCGGUCCCAAGCAAGGCCCCUUCGGCCCCCGCGCCUGCGAACCACCCGCCAGCAGCCCCUGCAGUGUCGAACAUCAGUUUUGACACGAAUCGCCGUCAGACUCAAGGCCCAUUGCACGUUCAGGCAACGCCGAGGAAAGGCCAGGGUUUGAGGAAGCAGCACCGCAACCAGAGGCGAGCAGGGACUCCGGGCCACAUUGACGAGGAAGACGCGAUGGCGGAGAUCCGGGCCUUGCGGAAUGCCUCGAGCAGGCGGGGCCAGAUGUCCAUCACUCACUUGAUGAGCUACGCCCUGCCACCGCGCCCUCAGGAAAGCUAUCAUGCGCCGUAUUCGCGCUCCUACCGGCGCAACCCUUCUUGGGGCGUUGGCUCCGGAUACCACGCAGCCGACAAGGCGCGGUACAUCCAUGCGAACUAUCGCUUCGUCGUGAACCCCAACGGUAGUUACGCGGCGCAGGCGGCCGACGCCGACGAACAUAUUGACUGGGGUGACGUUCUCCAGGUCAUCGCCUCAGCCGAGUCCCAGCAGACGUCGUGCCCCAUCUGCCUCUCCGAACCGGUUGCACCGCGCAUGGCCAAGUGCGGGCACAUUUUUUGCCUACCAUGCCUGAUACGCUUCAUGAACUCGAGCGCUAUCGAUCAGCCGGAGAAAAAGCAGAAUCGGUGGAGAAAGUGCCCCAUCUGCGAGGACUCCGUGUACCUCUCGGACGUGCGGCCGGUGCGGUUCUAUGCCGGACAGGAGUGCCCGCUACCUCGCAAGGGCGACGACGUGAUCCUUCGCCUUAUGGUGCGGAGCGCAAAGAGCACGCUGGCGUUGCCCAAGGAGGGCGCGACCGAGGUGUUACAAUCCGGAGAGGAUGUCCCUUGGCACUAUGCGGCGAAUGUCUUGGACUAUGCUAGGAUCAUGAGGGGCACCAGCGAUUACAUGAUGGAGCAAUUCGACCGCGAGAUUGAAGAGCUCCUGAAGCAAGAGAAGGAGGACGAGCUACUCUACAACGAGGACAACGAGUGGACGCAGAAAGCCAUCAAGGCCAUCAGAACGGCAAAGGAGAAAGCGGCUGAGCUGGGGAAGACAGAGACGGCCGCUUCGGACCCUCUGCCCGAACCGAGCCUGACAAAACAGUCCGGGCAGGACUUCUACUAUUUUUACACCUCCCCGCCACAUCUCUACCUCUCGCCGCUCGAUAUCCGGAUCCUCAAGACCAAGUAUGGCUCGUUCUCCGCCUUCCCGUCCACGCUGCUGCCCAGGGUCGAGCACAUCUCAACUGGUCAUGUGGUUGACGACGGCCUGCGAAAGCGGGCGAAGUACCUCGGCCACCUACCGCGAGGCUGCCUGAUCAGCUUCCUGGAAUGCGACUGGACAGAUAUCGUCCCGCCCGAGAUUCUGGCUACGUUUUCCGACGAGAUUGAGCGCCGCCGCAGGCGCAAUAAGGAGAAGGCGAUCCAGGAAGAGCGUGAGCGGCUGCAGGCGGAACGGCUCGAGGCAGCGGCGAUCCGCGACGCAAGGAGGAAUUUCGGUGCGAUCGACGAGGAGGUGACCGUGCGGUUCGGCAAUGCGGCCGGGCAUGAACCGCCCGUCGAUUUGAACGACUUCAUACCGCUCGGAGCCGAAGGCACUACCCCGCCCAAUCCAAGAGCGGGGUUUUCUUCCCUGUCGGAUAUGAGCACCAGCCCGACGGGCCGCAGAACGGUCUGGGGAACACCCAUGGUUGGCGGUCCGCCGGAGGCUCCCCCUCCUCGACCACAUGUGGACGAUGGAUGGUUGAAGGACGCCGAUGUCUUGGAAACGCUGGGAGCCACCGACCUCGCCGUGCAACUCGAGGCGUUGGGCGUUGAAUCUGAGGGUGCUAGCAGUUCAGCAGCGGCCGCGGCUGGGGGCAGUUCUGGCGCGGGCGGCAAGAAGAAGAAGAAGAAGCAGAAGAUCACGCUGAUGAGCACCGGUGGCCGGCGGGGUCUCUAGGGUGGCCCCUGAGCAGCAGAGGUGUUGUUGCUGCUUCUGAAAGCCAGAAGGCUGUUCGUGGAAGGCCUGAGGUGGAAGACGACUUGGUAGUUUCACUAGGGUUGCAUGGGAUGAUGGCGCUUCGGCAUGGAAUUGGGACUCGAAUUUACACCAACAUGGAGAUAGCGUUUUGCGCGGGACUUACGGCUGAUGCUCGGCCCACCUUGGGUGUCGCCAACAAUUCUUCUUCUUCGGAACCCCGGCUACAUGUGGCAACAAUGGAAUGUGCUCCCAUUCUUACUACAAGCGCCAGUCAAAGUUGGUCGCUGUCGUUGGAG